GAAUGAGCUUACGAGGAAAAUCCUAUUGUAGGUUCAGACGAGUCGCGACCACUAUAAUUGAGGUACGCGUUAUACGUAGCUUCUACAUAAUGUACUAAAAUCGAUUUCGAGAAAACAUUAUUUAUUGAUAACCUUAAGUUUGUGGUCAGCGACAAAGUCAGGAUCGGCUAAGUGAGCUAUCAGUCGUGCGCUGUGCGUCCGCGGAACCACUGUAUUCUGUACUCUUUAUUUAUUAUUAAAUUCAGUUAUUUUCGUUUUAAAAUGAGAAUCCCGUUCGAGAAGAUACGAAUCAUCAGCUGUAUACUUGUGGUCGUGUCGUCCAAUGUAGUCGGACAGAAAUGCAACGGCGGUGCCAACUGUAUACCUUUAGAAGAAUGCACAGACUUGUUCCAGCAACUAAAACAAGGAAAUUCGCCUCAGUUAACGAGGUUGCUGCGAGGCCUUCAUUGUGGCUUCGAAGAUUUGAAUUCCCCAAAGAUUUGCUGCCCGCCAGAAUUCUUGGCACGGAGGAGUGCUUUCAGCAGUGCCAGCACUAACUCGAAUCCUACGUCAAUAUUACCGAACGAAAAAGUCUGUGGUAUCCAAAAUAAUGACAGAAUAUUUGGAGGUAUACAAACUGAAAUCGACGAGCAUCCGUGGAUGGCGUUAUUGAGAUACGAUAAACCUCUUGGCUGGGGUUUCUACUGCGGAGGUGUGCUGAUCGCCCCGAUGUACGUUUUGACUGCCGCACACUGCGUCAAGGGAUCGGAUCUACCUUCGAGCUGGCAAUUAUCACAGGUUCGAUUGGGCGAAUGGAACACGUCUACCGAGACGGACUGCGUGGAGGGCGACUGUAGCGGCCCCGUCCAGGAUAUACCCGUACAACAAAUAAUUGCACAUGAAAAUUAUGAUCCAAACGACAAAGACCAGCAGAACGAUAUUGCCCUCUUGAGACUCUCAAGGAAUGCGCAGUUCAAUGAUUUCGUAAGUCCCAUCUGUCUACCGACAAGCAACGAGUUGAGGCAGAAUGAAUUUGAAAGUGACUAUAUGGAAGUAGCCGGAUGGGGAAAAACUGAAACACGAUCCGAAUCUGAUGUGAAACUAAAGGUUCGAGUGCCUAUAGUGAACAGAGAGGAGUGUGCUAACGUAUAUAGCAACGUGGAUCGGCGCGUGACUAAUAAACAAAUAUGCGCUGGCGGCUUGGCGGGCAGGGACUCCUGCCGAGGAGACUCAGGAGGCGCGCUAAUGGGCCAAUCGCCUAAGGCCAAUAAUUGGUACGUUUUCGGGGUGGUUUCCUACGGACCUUCGCCCUGUGGCACCGAAGGCUGGCCAGGCGUCUACACCAGAGUCGGAUCUUUUAUGGAUUGGAUUCUUUCCAAACUCGAACAGUAAUGACGAUAUAUACCUAAGUAAUUUGGUAUUAACAAACUGUGAGUUUCGGUGAAGAAAACGGUCGUAGUGAUGUGAAUCUGUAAUUAGCGUGUAGUUUACAAUCAGUGCCAUGAAAUUGUCGUCUUUUUUAUUGUACGAUGACGUGGAACAUAAUUCCUCGCAACGUAGGUUGUGGAUAACAUUUAAGUCCGCCAGUCUGGGUCAUGAAAAUUCUUGAAGGUCGGCGCUAUUCGAGACAUAAUCGCAGAUUUGUACAGUGUGCUUAGUGCCAGUUUUUUAACGUUCUCGAUAGCGUAAAAGUUAACCCAAUUUUGUAUGCAGUUGGAACAGCGCCCCUAGCGGCAAACGUAGGCUAAUAUGAGCGAACUUUUACGCUAUCGAGAACGUUAAAAAACUCGCACUAAGCACACAGAUGUCAACGAACUGUGACGUUAUGGUGAAUGUUUUUACGUGAUUGGGACUGAGCGAAAUGAAUCUACCUAAAUAAAUUUUGGAAAUUCGUUAGUUUUAAAAUCAAUGCAGUAUAUUUCUGGUUUUAUUGUAGACAGCUUAAUGUUUAAAUUAGACAAAACUAGUUCGUAAAAAACGGGUUUUACCAUAACAAUAAACGUCGUUCAUCAUAGUAAUAUUAAAUUAUUAGACUCAGUUUUCGAAAAUAGAUUUCCUGAAUAAUAUUUCACAUUAACUAUUUACGUUUUAAAUUAUUUAUGUGGUUUUCCUUAUGUCAAUCAAGUUUUUUUUUGUUUGUUAAAAUGUACAUAACUAAGAUUUUAAAUAAUAAAAAAGCAAUUACUUAUAUUUAUUAUGUACUUGUUCGCCAAAUUCAUUUGUUAUUUUAGGCUAGUUGAUGUUCCAAUUAAGUCUCAGUAAAAAUCACAGUGUAUUUUUAUUAGUGUCUUAUAAAACUUAAAGCGGAACCAUAAGCAGCCAUUAUCAACAGUCCGGAUGCUAUAUUGAAUAAUAAAAUUGAAAUAAAACAAAACACAUUAUUGUAUACUACAAAAAUGUUAUUUUUAAUAAAGUAUAAAUAUAUCAAUAAAUGUUUAUUAAACCUAAAUCAAUCUUCUUUUUUUU